UGUCCCCGGGCCAAGAUGGCGGCGCGGUGCUCUACACGCUGGUUGCUGGUGGCUGUGGGGACCCCGCGGCUGCCGGCUGCAGCGAGGAGAGGGGCCCGGCCGCCCGGGGGGUGCGAGGUGGGGGCGUCGCUGGGCCGCAAGCUGAGCGUCACCACCUUCCCGCCUUCCCUAGGAGCUCGAGGCCCCGGGGCGCUGCUGACAUUGAGACCCGGUGUCAGCCUCACAGGAGUAAAAAGUUACCCUUUUGUUUGUACUGCCUCCUUCCACACGAGCGCGCCUUUGGCAAAAGAGGAUUAUUACCAGAUAUUAGGAGUGCCCCGAGAUGCCAGCCAGAAAGAGAUCAAGAAAGCCUAUUACCAGCUUGCCAAAAAAUACCACCCAGACACGAAUAAGGACGAUCCCAAAGCCAAGGAGAAGUUCUCCCAGCUUGCAGAAGCCUAUGAGGUGCUGAGUGAUGAAGUGAAGAGGAAGCAGUAUGAUGCCUAUGGCUCCGCGGGCUUCGAUCCUGGGGCUGGCAGCUCUGGGCAGAGCUACUGGAAAGGAGGCCCCACAGUUGACCCAGAGGAGCUCUUCAGGAAGAUCUUUGGGGAGUUCUCAUCAUCUUCUUUUGGAGAUUUCCAGAGUGUAUUCAAUCAGCCUCAGGAGUACAUUAUGGAGUUGACCUUCAAUCAAGCUGCCAAGGGCGUCAACAAGGAGUUCACUGUGAACAUCACUGAUACCUGUGAGCGGUGUGACGGCAAGGGGAACGAGCCUGGCACCAAGGUGCAGCACUGCCACUACUGCGGCGGCUCUGGCAUGGAAACCAUAAAUACAGGCCCUUUUGUGAUGCGCUCCACGUGUCGGAGAUGUGGUGGCCGAGGCUCCAUCAUCACGACUCCCUGUGUGGUAUGCAGAGGAGCAGGACAAGCCAAACAGAAGAAGAAAGUGGUGAUCCCCGUGCCUGCUGGAGUCGAGGAUGGCCAGACUGUGAGGAUGCCUGUAGGAAAAAGAGAAAUUUUCAUCACAUUCAGGGUGCAGAAAAGCCCCGUGUUCCGGAGGGACGGCGCAGACAUCCACUCCGACCUCUUUAUUUCUAUAGCUCAGGCUCUUCUUGGAGGGACAGCCAGAGCCCAGGGCCUGUAUGAGACCAUCAAUGUGACGAUCCCCCCUGGAAUUCAGACAGACCAGAAGAUUCGGAUGAGUGGGAAAGGCAUCCCCCGGAUUAACAGUUAUGGCUACGGAGAUCACUACAUUCACAUCAAGAUAAGAGUUCCAAAGAGACUGACAAGCCGGCAGCAGAGCCUGAUCCUGAGUUAUGCCGAGGAUGAGACUGAUGUGGAGGGGACGGUGAAUGGCGUCACCCAGACAAGCACUGGUGGCAGCACCAUGGAUAGCUCCGCAGGAGGCAAGGCUAGGCCCGAGGCUGGGGAGGACAAGGAGGGAUUCCUUUCCAAACUUAAGAAAAUGUUUACCUCCUGAUAUCCCAGCCGAGGAAAACGGUCCACUGGAAACUAGGCCUGGAGCAGCUGGCCCUCCUCGCGGCCAAGGCAUCUUGGAGACAGGAGGAUUCCAGCACAGCAGCACCAAGCCCCUGCUUGCAGAGGUCCUCUGGACUACUUUGGCAACAGCAAAAUCAUGUGACAACACACCUCUCCACAUAAGAGUCACGGUGGACAGCCCCUCGGCAGUAACGCGUGGCAUGCCUAAGGGCUGGUAGAAGUUUCCUGUCCACGGGUGGGUAACUCGGCCUCUUCUGGCUUAGGCAGGGUAAGACAGCUGGACACUUCUUGCAGAGCCAAAACUCUAAUUUGGAAUCGAAUGUGGUGGAGAUCUUAGUUAAAAAAUUAAAGGCCAUGCUUACAGCUUAAAAAUGAAGCCUUAAGCUGCGUCGAGUCAUGAAGUGAUUAAUUUUCCUCUCAUCAAACCUCUGGGAGGUUCUGGAAUGAAUUUUUCCUGACAGGUUGUCUUUUCCAGGAACGUGGCGCCUAUAUGUCCCACCAGCGUCAUCCACCCCUCAGCAGGGGCAUCACUUGCUCUUCUUCGAAUUUGUUUUAAUUCCCAAAGGUACCAAGGAGCUGGAACGUGGGGGCUUUGGGGCCUGGGGAGACACAUAUGAAGAGCCUCCUGGAGAUGCUGCUCCUGACCACAUGGGCCGUGAUCUUUGUCAGGACGGACAGUCCCUCCUGUGGCCUCUCGUCCCUGACUGUGGAGUUCUCUUGUUCUAAGCCAGGUGCGAGUAGGGCUCCUGCCCUUCUGGGGACCUCAGCCGUCUGUGGCCAUGGCCUGGGGCAGACUAAUGCACUCAUUAACCCGGAGCCCUGCCCUCGCUGCCAGUCGGGGUCUUGGUUCUCCCCACUCACACUGUUGACAGCUGUUUUCAGAAGUGUGUUUAAAUUAUUCAGUGCUAAGAAUCAUUGUCUUUUCCCAUAUAAAUAUUUGUUCAGCAAAGGAAAGCACAGUCUAAGCAGUUGAAGGCUCUCCACUGUCCAGCCAGAGCAGAACAUACUGUUUUCCCAGCCUCAGCCUGUAGGAUGUACAGGUUCCGUGUGUUUCCAGAUCCUCCCACUGUGGUAAGACAGGUUAAUGGAGAACACUUCGGAAUAGUUUCCUUUUUGUUUUCCUUCAUAAUUUACUAAAAUAAAGCAUCUAGUAGUGUCUGAUUUAAGAAUGUAAAAUGAUUCUGUAUCAAUGUAAAUAAGAUUAUCUACUGCAAAAAGAUAUUUAAAACCUAAAGUGUGGUCACUUCUUCUUUGAAAGAAUUCAAACAGCUUUCUCCAGGUGGCUUAGCAGGGGAUUACUGGUGCUCGUCUACAAAUAGGGCCGCCCCAUGUUGCUGCUGGCUUUCCUGGGGCCAGCUGCAGAGGUGGCUAGCCUUGUCCACGGAGUCAUGCCCACCCAAGAGCACACGCACACUGACAGAUGGGUGACGCUUUGACAAGUGCAGACCCUCUCCAGCCAAGUUCCCAGACCAGGGAGCUCACCAUGAAACGAUGUGCUGAUUUGAACGAAUGUUGUAGAAUUGGGUGUGUUGCUUUUUCUUUGGGAGCCUGCAACAUGAGUGAUGUGCUGUGCAGCCUUGUUACUAUCUCCCUCACUAUGUUUUUUAUUUUCCUCCAUUAUUUUCAGAGGAAUAUUAAGGUUCUUUUUUCAUGUUAAAAUUGUUGUUCAUUGUAGUUGAACUAGUCUGGCUCUCAGCAGAGACUGUCUCACAAAAGCCCCGAAGCCAUCACAGCUGGAGUGGCCUGAGCACAUAGCUCAGCCCCACCUCAGGGUCCUGAGUGGAGCAGCUUGAGGUUUGAGAGCACUUAAAUGGUUGGGUGAAGAAGUUGGGCAAGACCUAAUGGGCAAGAAAGGGGCUCAGCAGUGACUUCCUGCCAAUUUCCAUACUUUUCCUUCAUUCAGGAGUGUCUAUAUAAUAAAUGAUGUUUCCUGAGGG